UAUAGAAAAUCACACAGCAUUUAUGUCCGGUACUGUAUAAGUUCGCCGUUCUUGUAAACAUAGCAUUUGAUUGUCUUCAAUUGAAUUAUGAAAAAAAAUAGUUGAAAAUGUUACCAACAUUAUUUGUUUUUAAAAAGAAAGUUAACGUUCUUCAAACCUAUUAUUCAAUUCGUCGUCUAACAGCUGUUGAAGAAAUGGAUAAGUUAUUGUCUGAAGAAAGGACUGUUCUACUGUCUCCUCUUCUAAAAAGUGGGUGGACUAUCCAGUCAGGAAGGGAUGCUUUACAGAAAGAAUUUUUAUUUAAGGAUUUUAACCAAGCAUUUAGUUUCAUGACAAGUGUUGCAUUAAAAGCUGAAAAAAUGAAUCAUCACCCCGAAUGGUUCAAUGUAUAUAAUAAAGUUAACAUUACGUUAUCGUCACAUGAUGUAAAUGGCAUAUCUCAUCGAGAUAUUUUGCUCUCUGAAUUUAUCGAUAUAACUGCAAAAAAUACUCAGAAUGUCAAGUCAUGAACCCUAUGUACUGAUACUAACAAUAUUAUGUAAAUUGCUUUCAAGUUAUAAAUAAAAAUGUGUGUUAAGUUGA